AUGAACAUCAGAUUGCUUGUCCACGACCCCGCCACUGGUGACAGGAUCGCAGAAGUUCACACGGCAUCCGAGGCCGACAUAGCCCAGGCUGUUGAGGCAGCGCACCGCCGGUUCUGCGACGGCGACUGGUCGCGCUCUCCACGCCAGCACCGCGCCGACGUGCUGGACCGGGCGGCCGCUCUCCUCGGCAGGCACCUCAACCACCUCAUCACGCUCGAGGUGCGGCAGACGGGCCGCGCCGUGCGGGAGAUGCGCGCGCAGGUGCCCACGCUCGUCCGCUGGUUCCGGUACUACGCGGCGCUGCUGCGCACCGAGACGCGCGCCGUACUGCCGACCGCCGGGGCGCUGCACAACUGGGCCGACCGCGUGCCGCUGGGCGUCGUCGCGCUCGUCACACCCUUCAACCACCCGCUGCUCAUCGCCGUCAAGAAGCUGGCGCCCGCGCUGGCCGCCGGCAACUCGGUCGUGCUCAAGCCGAGCGAGCAGACGCCGGUCACGAGCCUGCUUCUGGGGCCGAUCCUCGCCGAGGCCGGCGUCCCGGAGGGCGUGUUCUCGGUGCUGCCGGGCCUGGGCGCGACGGCGGGCAGGGCGCUGGUCGGCCACGAGCUGGUGCGCAAGGUGGACGUCACGGGCGGGACGGCCGCGGGGCGCGCCAUCGGGGCGGUUGUCGGCGGCAACUUGGCGAGGUACACGGCGGAGUUAGGCGGUAAGGCGCCGCUGAUUGUGUUGGAGAAGGCGUCGGUGGAUGCGGCGGUCAAUGGUAUUGCGUUUGGAGCCUUCAUCGCUAGCGGGCAGACGUGCGUGGCUGCCACGCGGAUCCUGGUGCAUAACAGUGUCAUCGACGAGGUGCGGCGCAAGAUCAAGGCCAAGGCGGAGUCAAUUCAGGAGCGUAUGGGAUCACCGGCCAACCCAGAGUCGACCAUGGGCCCGGUCAUCUCCUCAAAGCAGCUCCACAACAUUGAGAGUCUUGUCGGCGAUGCCCUCGCCGACGGCGCCGAUCUUGUCCACGGCGGCGAGCGCAUGAGCGGCACCUCGCCCCUCGACGGGACCGACUUCAGCAAAGGUCACUUCUACCCGCCCACCAUCCUCGACCUGGGCUCGAUCGCCCACCCCCGAGCGCCCAUCUGGGAGGAGGAUACCAGCAACGGAGGCCCCGUCAUAGCCACGCGCCUCUGGCGUGAAGAGGCGUUUGGACCCGUCGUCGUGCUCGUCGGCUUCGACACGGAGGCGCAGGCCGUGGCGCUCGCCAACGACACGCCAUACGGCCUCGGGGCGGCGCUGUGGACGACGGAGCUCAGCCAGGCGUUUCGUGUGUCGGAGCAGAUCCGCGCGGGCAUCGUCUGGGUCAACACGCACCAUCGCAACGACCCGAGCAGCCCGUGGGGCGGGCUGACGGCGGCGAGCGGUGUAGGUAGCGAGAACGGCGUCGAGGCGUACCACGCGUAUACGAUGACGAGGAGCACGAUUAUCAACUACGCGUCGACGGAGGAGUCCAUCGCGCAGGGCGAUUGGUUUAGGGUGGGCGCCGGGCAGGUGCGGUAUGGUUAG